UCUCUGAGCGUUUUACGAGUGAGCGCCCGGGACUAACCGGCAGAAGGUGAGAACCUCUGGCAGCAGGAACAUUUCGCUCUGGGUAUUGUAGGACACCGAGUCGUUCGGAUGUGCAAUAUGACUUUUGAGGAAACCAGUGGAGAUAAUUCUUCAGAAAGGAUGGAAUCGGUGGCUAAAGCGUUAGAGGAGAUCCUGAGCUCUGCGUUGCCUCAGGGUUGCAUCACUGUUGGAGUCUAUGAGGCAGCAAAGGCUCUGAAUGUGGAUCCAGACAACGUGGUGCUGUGUCUGCUGGCUGCCGACGGCGAGGAGGAUGUGGCCCUCCAGAUUCACUUCACCCUGAUCCAGGCCUUCUGCUGUGAGAAUGACAUCAACAUCCUGCGGGUGAGCAACAUGAGGCGCCUGGCAGAAAUCCUGGGUGGAGUGAAGCCUGGAGCAGAGGCCAUGGACCUGCACUGCAUUCUUGUUACUAACCCUCAGUCUGCACUGUGGAAGGACCCUGCACUGAGCAAAGUCAACAGAUUCUGCACAGACUGUCGCUGUUUGGAUCAGUGGGUGCCUGUAGUGAACCUGCCCGACCGAUGAACCUUGUUGGAAUAUUAAUGUGUGGUGUGCAUUGGGUGAAAAGUAACUUCACAAGGCCUGUGUUAAUGUCUGUGCUGGACUGUUGCAUAGUGCCCCAGAGAGAAAUGGGAGGGGAGGAAAUAAAAGAACACAAGGAAGAGAGACGAAUUUACCCGGUCAGGGUGAACUUGUGAGCCAGGGAGGAGUGACUCAACAGUCUUGGUUCCAGGAUUUCCAACGUAUGAUUGUGCCUCUCCUCUGCCGAGAAAGAAGCUCUUACAGGAAACCGAAUCAUGUGAGCGCUUGAAGCGCACGUGGUGGACACAGAGGAGGGGAGGAGCGAAGCAAGCGGAAAGGCUGUCAGCAUUCCCAGGAACUAGACUGUGCUUGAGUGCACCAGUUGGAACUGUCAAAUUAGAGAGUAGUUCAUUAAAGUUCAAGCAAAUCUCCUUAACAACUCAUUUAUUUAACAUUAUUUAACUCAAAAAGGGAAGGUUUCACACUGUUAUUCUUAUUAUAUUAUUAUUUUAAUAUGGACAAUGCAAUGUGUUGAAUGUCCAGUUACUGGUGUUUUUAUGUGUUCUUAAUUUAAUGCAUUGUAUUUAUUGUGCACAGUUCAUGGAAUUUGUUGAACGAAAUAAACAGCCAGUUCUCAGA